AAGAAAAAGCAGAGGAGGGUCAUCAAAAAUUAUCUGGCAGGUGCAUCGCAAAUGUAAACACACGGAGCUUCAGUUUGCAGUUGCUGUUUUUAAUCAUUUAAGUUACUUUAAUUUGAACAUGUGACUUAAAUUUCUGUUCGUCAGUUUUCCUUCUCAGUUGGUAAAAUGACGCACAGCUUCAAAAGCUACAUCGACAUCAAGGAAAACCACUUCGGUGCCGAGAGUCUGGACACCAGUGGCGAUGAGUCUUACAUCGAACAGCGCCAACCGCGACUUCUCAAGGGCGAGGCUGUGACCGCAACUGAGGACAAUGUUCUUCAGUUUGUUUCACUGAGUGAACGAAAACACGGCAGGUCGGGCACUUUGUACGUGACUAACUUCAAACUAUCCUUCAUCCCAAGCGUCUCAACUAGAACAGACAACCCUGAAUGCCAGCACAGUAGCUUACUUGACGAAUUCGAUGUGAGUUUAUGCAACAUCGACUGCAUCUACCAUAUCACUCGAGAUAAAAAGAGGAAGCUGGUCGGAGGCCAAAAUGUUUCUAGUAAAAUCAAAGGACUUUUGGUUGUUUGCAAAAAUAUGCGAACACUCACAUUCAGCUUCAAGUUUGCCAAUGUGAAUAGUGGAAGGAGCAUUGCCAAUGCACUUCUGCAUUACGCUUUUCCUCGACGACACCACCUUUUAUUUGCUUAUGAUUAUAGAGAACCCUAUGUUAGAAGCAAUCAAAACAACACCCAAAUGUUUCAAGAUCAAUCAGAUUGGCUGGAUGAGUUGAAAAAGUCAAAUUGCAUUGGCUGGAGAAUUACGUCAUCAAACACAUCUUACAACUUAUCAGCAAAUUUGCCUUCCUUUUUUGUUGUUCCUGAGGGAGCCCUCGACUGGCAGCUGGAAACUGCCUCAAGACACUUCCGAGGUAAUCGACCGCCUGUGUGGUGCUGGGGCACUAACGAAGGUGCAGCCCUGGUGCGCAUGGCCGACAUGCUGCCUGGUAUCAAUGACAGGGUGCAGGAAAAUGUGAUGCUGGAGCAAGUUAGGAAGGCUCACCCUAAGAAAAGGCAACCACAUAUCAUGGACCUGCAGAAGUCCCUGCCCACACCGAGGGACUUGCAAAUAAGCUUUUGCAAACUCCGGGAUAUCUGCUCGCCAGAAUCGGCCAGUCGGUUCUGGAACCAGGAACCAGAUUUCUUUGGCCGGAUGGACUCCAGUAGGUGGUUGCAUUAUGUGUCUGGUUGUUUGUCGAUUGCUCAACAGGCUGCUCAGAUUUUGGCUUCCGGCGCAACUGUUGUCCUUCAAGAGGGCGAGGGACGUGACGCGUCAACAAUUGUAAGCAGCCUGGUUCAGUUGCUUUGCAACCCCUCAACUCGUUCCAUCGUAGGCUUCCAGUCCCUAAUUCAAAAGGAGUGGGUUGCACUGGGACACCCGUUUUGCUCUAGACUUGGCCUCAUUGCUGAAUCGGAGGUUGAUCAGUCGCCAAUGUUUCUGCUUUUCCUGGACUGUGUUUGGCAAAUUUUGAAUCAGUUUCCUGGCAAGUUUGAAUUCACCGAGACGUAUCUGACCACCUUGUGGGACGCUUGCCAUGUGGGAAUCUUCGACACUUUUAUUUUCAACUGUGAAAGAGAACGAGCUUGUGCAGCAACCGACACCCACAACCCUCUACAUUUGAGAUCGGUUUGGGACUGGGAGGAGCAGUAUGGCCCUGAAGAUGUUGCUCUCUUCCGCAACCCUCUGUACGCCCUCAAGUUGGAAAAACCACUAUCUACAAAACUGAGUGCUCUGCCCAUCAGCUGCGGCCUGUCCUCACUGGAGGUAUGGCAGCAGUGCUACUGCCGGUGGGUGCCCAUGCUGGAAAUGACAGGCGGGGGUCGCGUGCAGGUCAACUUCCAGGUCCGUCUGCUGGCAGAGGAGAUCGUCGAACUGCAGAGGAAGGUCGAGAUCUGCCGCAAAGGCGGGCAUCCCGACCGGGUGGCGCCCUUUGACUUUUCCGAGGAAUUUUCUUUUGCCUGUGAUAGCGCGCUGCUGCGCAGCCGUUUGCAGAACAACCCAAGCUCCUUCUUCCCCUUCAUGAGCCACUCGGCCUGUGUCGGCGAGAUUUUGCUCAACACGAGCAUACUUGGCGAUGAGGAUGAGUCGGACGAUCGCGACGCUGGUCUCAACGAGUCCACCUAUAGCCUAAGCACAGCCGUGUAAGCCACUUUUGAUUUCUCUCUUGCACUAUAGACAAUAAUCAAUUAUCUCUCCAACUCUCAAAAGUCUCAAAUUGAUAGUUUAGGCGUUGAACGUUUGUUCUAUAUUUAAAGAAAAAUUAGCUUCCACUGUAAAUUGGAACUUAAUUGUAAGUUAUUCACAGGUUAUUUAAGACUGCUGAAGUUUUGUAGUCAGUUGAAAAGUUAUAUAAAAUAAUUUAUUAUUUCCGUCAUCUCAGCGUCAUUCACGUUUAAGGGAAUAUCGAAAGUAAAAGCAUAAUUCAAGCGUAGAUUCAAAGCAUGUGGCUAAGUAAGGAUUUUGCAGCAAACAUCACAAACACUUUAAUUUUAUAUUAUCGUUCACUUUUCAUCUGGUUAUUGUUGAAGUUUUUAACUAUUUAUGAGAAAUUAGCAUUAGAUAAUGAAGACAAUAUUUUAACUCUUAUAAAAAUACAUGAAUUUGAGAAAGUCAAAAAGAUUUUUAUCCAGAAUCAUGAUAUUUA